ACUGAAAAAAAAAAGCCAUAGAUUGUGUUCUUGUUAUGAUAUGAUAUGAUAUCAAACAAGAAAUAAAUCUCUCUCUCUCUUUCUCACACCUACUUACUCUCACUACUUGGUAGCUACCAUGGGAGAAAAAGAAAAAGAAAAAGAAAAAGAGAAGAACAAGAAGAACAAGAAGCAAAAACACCAACACCCCAAUAAUGAUCAAACAAUAAAGCAUCAAGAUUUCUCAUUCAAACCAAGCUCAGAGGUAAAGGGUCUAAGAUUUGGAGGCCAAUUCAUAGUGAAAUCAUUCACAAUAAGAAGAGCAAAACCAUUGGAGCUUCUCAAAGUUCUUUCAUUCCCACCAACCAAAACCAACCACAACAACAACAAGAACAACAAGAAUAGUAACACUAAGGUUCUUCCAUUCCCAUCAACAUCAUGUUUUCUUCCCACAAACUUCACAAUCUUAGCACACCAUGCUUGGCACACCCUAACACUUGGCCUAGGAACAAAGAAGUCAAAGGUUCUUGUGUUUGUGUUUGAGAAUGAAGCAAUGAAGUCACAAGUUGACAGAACAUGGCCACAUGAGAUUGCUCUUGGUGAAGUCAACAAGAAACUCAUAAGAGGCCUUGUUGGUUCUGAGAUGGCAAGGUUCAAAUUCAGAAAAGGUUGCAUCACUUUCUAUGUCUAUGCUGUUAGGCAAAUUGGUAGCUUUGGAUUCUCUUGUUCUGAGGAUCUUAGAACUGUUCUUCAAUCUGUUGUGGAGCUUAAAGAUUUCUUGGAUCACACUGCCAUGCUUUCUAUGCCAAAUCAAAGAAGCAUUACUCAUCAGGGCCAGAGUUUCCCUAUGCUUAAAGCUUCCAAUGGAGCAGAAAAGUGGAAGGGAAAAUUAAAAAGGGAAAGAGGCCCAUGAUUUUCUUUUUUCUUAGCUUGUGCCCACCUAUGCCUUUAAUCAUAGCAUGAGAAGGACCCCAUGUUAAGGUGCCAACAAACUUUAGUUUUCACAAGAAUCAUGGAACAUAUCUUUCUAUCUAACAAGGCCUUGCUGAUUGAUGUACACAUAUAUAGAUAUAGACCAGUAUGUGCAAUGCAAGCAAAUUAUUCCAAUAACUUGUAGCCAUUUGUGUUGACAAUUAUUUUUUAUAUUCAUCAUUUUAUGAUAUGUGAUGAUGAGAUUGACCCCUGAGAGAGCCAAGUAGAAUGCUCUUGUUUUGGAGUUUUGAGCACAAUAAUUGUAGUAGGCCUGCACUGUGGUUCCAUACCAUGCCAUCCACCACAAAAGGCUCUCUAUUAUGUAGUGUUGUCACAUGGGAUAACUUGCAAUUUCAUUAUAAGAGAGGAGAGA